AUUACCGAUCCAUCAGUCCACUUUACCAUGAUGCCAUGCAUUGCUGUACUAGACUUAGACUAAACAGACCCAAACAGAAAUAAACUAGAUGAACUACUAAACAACAAUGGUUAACACCAACAUGCUCGCCGUCUUCGCCGUCUACGGGGCCUGCCAGGGCGUGGGCAGCGCCAUCGGGGUGGUUGCCGCCUCGUACUACAGCAAGGACGUGCUGCGCCUGCAGCCGUCCGCGGCGCAGCUCUACCAGGGCAUCGUGGACUCGCCGUGGGUCGUCAAGCCCAUCUGGGGCCUGCUCGCCGACGUCGUGCCCGUCGCCGGGUACCGCCGCCGCCCCUACUUCCUUCUCGCUGGUGAAAAUAUUUGGGGACUUCUUCUUGAUUCCACCACACUGAACAUCAUUUCACGGUUGGUAUCCUGAUGCUCUGUGCUCUGAGGUUAAUGCAGGCGUGAUUGGC